AUCAUGAGUGGAAGAGGCAAAACCGGCGGAAAGGCCAGAGCUAAGGCAAAGACCCGCUCCUCUCGUGCCGGGCUCCAGUUCCCAGUCGGCCGUGUCCACAGGCUGCUGCGCAAAGGCAACUAUGCCGAGCGUGUUGGUGCUGGCGCCCCCGUCUACCUGGCGGCUGUGCUCGAGUAUCUGACCGCUGAAAUCUUGGAGUUGGCCGGAAACGCCGCUCGCGACAACAAGAAGACUCGUAUCAUCCCCCGUCACCUGCAGCUGGCUGUCCGCAACGACGAGGAGCUCAACAAGCUGCUGGGUGGAGUCACCAUCGCUCAGGGUGGUGUGCUGCCUAACAUCCAGGCUGUUCUCCUGCCCAAGAAGACCGAGAAGCCCGCCAAGGCCAAGUAAACAUGAUGGACAUUGCAACAA